AUUCGGUGCCCAUUAAAUGAGGACAGCAGGAGGGUAAAUAAGAUGCUGAUUCUUGCUGGCAAUCUCAUUUUUCAGCUUUAAAAUGCAGUAAUCUUAUAAAACAAAACAAAUAAAACGCACAUGCAGUAUAAAGUAUAUACAGAAAUAACUACCUGCUGUUAAAAGUUGUAUUUUAUGGGCACAAAUACAUGAUUUUAAUAUGUUAACUUGGUGGAUUAGUUGUGGUUAAUUUAAGGAAAACUGUUCUAAUGAAAAUAACGAUAACAUUCUAUUUUUUCUUGUUUUAUUCUAUUAUUUCUUGUUUAUUUAACCUGGUAAGUGACUAAUUUGCAAUAAAAAUAAGCUAAAAAUGAAACAAAAACCUACAAAAAGAGGAAUCUCUGUGGAGGUUUAGCUAGUGCAUGUACUAGUUUGUUAAAAGUUAGAAAAACUCACGAGUUCUAAAGUGGUAUAAAAAUACUCUGUUUAAAUGAAAAGAACUCACCAAGCCAGCUUAAAUUAAUAAGAAAACUGUGUGUUAAAUUCAACAAGUUUUACAGAAAAAUUCAGCAGAAAAACAUAAAAAAGCAUCUUAAUUAAGUUAAAGUGAUGGUUGAUGAUCCAUGAAGUGAAAUAGAGGAUAAAAUCUAAUACAGUUUAUCCAAAAAGCACAAUAAUCAGUGGUAAUAAUGCUGGCUUCAUGAGACAGAUCUCUGGUUUCCUGCACUGACAGACGCUAAACUUUUCAUCAAUGCAAUUUCCUGAACAACUUCUGUAGCUGCAAGACUUUAAGGACAUGAAUGUGUUUUAGUGUUUUUCUUUCUGAGAAUAAAUUUUAACAUGAAUUUAAUGAUUUAAACAUUGUUUUAUUGCCUUCUAUUUCAACAUACUGACAUAUUUAUUUAAAAAAAUAAAUUUCUGAUGAACAAAUCAGUCAAUAAACGUAAACAUUUAAAUACUUAAAGCAGCAUAAAUUCACUUUUUUGCCACUUGGGGGCAGCAGAAACCACAAACACAAACAGUUGAGCUUUAGUUUUUGGCCACCUGAUGAAUUUAAGUCCAAUAUUUGCUGAUUUUCAACUUUCUUUGUGGUUUCUUGAGUAUUUUUAGCUGCUAAAUGCUAAACUGUGUCCAUCAGCAGGUUGCUACCUGUGUUUUUCUACUAUUUGAUGCUGAGAACAUUGUGUUCUGUUGGUUUAUUGGAGUUUUCCUCAAUAAAACAUCUCUCUGCUGCAUCUGGAAGCCAUUUGAUGAAACGCUAAAGCUGCAGUUUGACCAAAACAAUGAGCUGAAAGAGGCUAAAAUGCUCUUUAGAGCUGCAGAGUUGGAGACAACGACAACUUUUACAUCACACACAUUUCAUUCCAUCCACCAUUAAAGAAAUAUUCACCAGAGCAGCUUUAAUUUUUCAGUUUAUAUACGUCUGGACCCAAAACUAAGUUUAUGUAGGAUGUUUUGGCUGAAUUUUAAGAAUGUCUAAAUGACAUAUUAGCUGAUUAGCCAAUGAAGGUUUCAGUAUCUCCAGAAAUAAACUCCCACAGUCAUUACAUUUGGAAACAGACAGAAUAUUUAUAGUAGAUCCAAAUAACCGAAUGGCUCCAGCAGAAGACAUAUUUUUAAAACUGAGGAAAAAAUUGCAAAUUUUUCAAAUUAUGGUGCUAUUGUGUCCCCAGAAAGUUCCUGUAGGUACGUGUACAGAGGUGUAUCCAUAUUUCCUACUAAAAAUGCAGACUUUGGUCGACAUUUCACCAACCUUUGAGGCUAUUUUGACUUGAAACUUGUUCAAAAUGAGUAGAAAUUGUCCCAAAUGACUUGAAAAUCAUCCAAAAUGACACAAAAACGGUCUUUAAAUGACUCAAAAUUGUCCAGAAUGACAAUAAUGAUAAAUUAUUGAACCUUGAAAAUGGAACGAAGGGCAAAAUACUCCAACUAGGCUGGUAUUAUGGCCCAUAAAGUUCCUGUAAGUGUAUAGAUAUGGAUUUAUAUUUUUUUUGGUCGACAUUUCACCAACGUUUGAGGCUCUAACAUCAGUAGAAAUAUGGUUCCAUCCACAUAUAUUCACUUACAGGAAUGUUCUGGGGCAACAGUACCACCAUAGUUGGAACAUUCUGCACCUUCUUCUGUUUUUAAGGUCCAAUAAUUAUUGAUUAUUGUCAUUCUGGACAAUUUUAAUUCAAUUUUAGACCAUUUUUGAGGCAUUUUGAACAAGUUUCAAGUCAAAAUAGCAAAAAAAAAGGGCAACUUUGCCUCAUCAUACUUACACAUAGAUCAAAUUGAUGUUAGAGUCUCAGAAGUUGGUUAAAUGUUGAACAAAGACAGAAUUUUUAUUCUCUCAGGAAUUUUCUCUUGCCACAAUAGCACCAUAGUUGGAAUAUUCUGCACUUCCUUCCUCAUUUUCAAGUGCCGAUAAUUAAAAUGAUGUCCUCCGUUGGAGCCAUUCUGUCAUUUUUAUCUACAGGAAACUCUUCUGUCUGUGUCCUCAGCAAAGUUCACGACUGUUGGAGUUUUAUUUCUGGAGAUUUCUGGAGAUCUGAGGACUGAAAACAUGCAAAAUGCUUCAAAUUCUGCCAAACUUUUUCAGUUUUUUGGUCCUAAAUAUCAAAAAACUCAACUAAAUCUGAGACUGUGCAGCAGAACUGGUAUUUAAAAUGACACAGGUGGAUUAAUUCACUGGUUUUUCUAGUUUUCUAUCACUCAGCAUCGUUUCAUUUUGCCCGCUGCUUCGUCGCAAUAAGAGAUUAAUGGAAUAUUUAAGCUAUUCUGAGCUUUUGUACACUGACGAAUCAGUCAGUUAUUUUUAAAUAAAGGAAAAUAAUUGCUGUUUGCAGCUUUACAGUGAUCUCAUCAUUAUAUAAUAUACUGUUCUCCUGGUUUUCUGUGUGUUAGAGCCUUGAAACACAUAAAAAUGAGGCAGUUUGAUUAAAUUUACAGCUUAAAGUGUCAGAGCCAGACAGCUUUUAUUGGGGCGGUGCGACAUCUUGAUGAUUUAGAUCUAAAAAUACUUACAUUUCCUCCCAUUGUUGCCUUUUUCUCAUCAUUUCAUUCUGUUUUUUCUUCCUCUAGUUGUUUUUAUUAAAGAUUUGACGCUAGUAAAUGAGCUUUUUUAGUGUUGCAGAGAUCAUUGUUGGCUUUGUUUUAACACAUAAAGGAGCAGUGAGGUCUGAUCUGAUUGGCUCAUUCUUCAUGUAAAUUUUCAUUAUCACAUCCUGAUAAUGUUUGCAGCCUUAAAGUGAUCUCAUCAUUAUAUAAUAUAAUUUGGUUUUCUGUGUGUUUAAGCCUUGACUAAAGCAGUUUGAUUAAUUUUACAGCUUAAAGGUGUCAGAGCCAGACAGAUCUUGUUAUUCUGUUCCUAAAAUACUUACAUUUCCAUUGGCCUUUUUCUCAUCAUUUCAUCGUGUUUUUUCUUCCUCUAGUUGCUUUUCUAAAGAUUUGACUUUCUGGCCUUUGCAGAGAUCAUUUUAAGGUUUAUUUUAACACAUAAAGGAGCACUGAGGUCUGAUCUGAUUGGCUGAUUCUUCAUGUGACGUGUCAUGUGACCACACAAACACACCACUAAAUGUCACUUGACUGAUUUUCUUCAUUUCUGGGAGGAACUUUUAGUCCAGAUCAGAGUGAAUCUGUGGACACUUGGUGGCAGCAUCAGGCCGGAUCUGCUCUGUUUGCUUUUCCUUCUGGACUUUCAACUUAUUUCCAUGUGAAACAGGAAGCAGGUGAGCAGACAAAGGCAACAGAGGUGGUUUUUAUCAGGACUGUCUGAUCGUUCAGAGGAACAAUGGCGGCCUGGGUUCAUCAGAGGGUGAGUCCAAACAGAGGAGCUGUUGUUUACUGAUUGCAGAAGUUACAAGUUUCAGUUCACGUUCAAACACGGAGCCUGUGGGGGAAUGCAACCCGACACCUCGGCGCUGGCUCCACCCUAAGGCCUCGCUCCUGAUUGUGGGUGUUUGGAGCUGAGGGGGCGGGCGGCUGACGUUCUCAGCAUCUAGGUGUGGCUUCACGGCUCUUCAGGGAGAUCCGGGAACUGCCGGCUGUCAGAAGCAGCAGCGGCUCAGAGAGGAACCAUGGCAGACCCAGCAGCAGAGGAAAGCAGACAGCUGUGCAGCAGCUGCUCAGGUGAGCUGAGCGGAGUCGAACCGUCGGCCUCCGGUCACUCCGUCUGCAGCUCCUGCCUCAGAGGUAAAGGAGGUCCAGACUGUCAGAAGCACAACGGGGCCCCGGAGGCCCCUGAGAUCAGCAGCAAGGAGCAGCAGAGUCAGGAGGAGGUGAAGAUCCAAGAAGACCUGAAGGAGUCCGAGGACGACAGGAAGGAGGACGAGGAACCCAAAGAGGAGGAGGUGAAGGAGGAGGAGAAGGAGAAGGAUGAGGAGAAGGAGGAGCCGCUGGAGGAGCCGCUGGGCCCCGACGAUGUGGUCUGCGACUCCUGCAUCGAGAGCCCCUGCAGGGCCCUGAAGUCCUGCCUCACCUGCCUGGUGUCGUACUGCGAGGCCCACCUCCGGCCUCACCUGGAGAACCCCAAGUUCCAGAACCACCGUCUGGUGGAGCCGCUGAGGGACAUCGAGCGGCGGACCUGCGAGAGCCACAAGUGGCCCCUGGAGCUGUUCUGCUGCGCUGACGACUGCUGCGUCUGUCAGGACUGUGUGACGGAGGAGCACCGAGGACACAACACGGUCCCUGUGGAGGAGGCCCGGCGCCGCAUAGAGAAAGAGCUGAGGGAGAAGCAGACUGAGAUGGUGAAGACGGUGACAGCAGCAGAAAACGCCAUCAACAAACUUCAGCUCAACACCGUUUCUAUUGAGCACUCGGUGACGGAGGUGCGAGCCGUGAUCGAGAGCCAGUUCGAGGAGCUGCAGUCGGUGGUGGAGAAGGCCAAGAGGGAGGUGACGGAGAUCCUGGAGGGCGAGGAGAAGCAGGCGCUGAAGCAGGCCGAGGGCAUCCGGGUCCACCUGGAGCAACGGUGCACCGAGCUGAAGAAGACCCAGGGUCAGAUGGAGAAGCUCUCCAAGAACAAAAACGAUGUGGACUUCCUGCAGGAGUACUCAGAGUGGAAGAAAGAGGCCACAGACAUUUCCCUGCCGGGCGUCUACAUCGGCCUCAUGGAUCGCCUGAAUUCCUUCAGCCGAGUGAUCGUCGACUCCACUCAGGAGCUCUGCGCCAUGUUGGUGUCUUCGUACAUCGAGAAAGUCAAGGAAACCUGCAAAAACGAUAAAAUGGGAAUAAAGACGACGGUCCAGCAGAUCGUCGCACAGAAACAGAACCUGUCGAUACCUGAUCCAGUGACGCGUGAAGACUUCUUAAAGUACGCCGCCCACGUCAGUUUCGAUGCUGACACGGCUCACAAGUUCCUCCGGCUGACGGAGGAGAACAGGAAGGUGACGAACACCACGCCCUGGCAGCAUCCUUACCCCGACGUCCAGCGCUUCGAGAGCUGGCGGCAGGUCCUGGCGGCGGAGAGCUUCUACCUGGGCCGGCACUACUUCGAGGCGGACGUCAGCGGCGAGGGAACCCACAUCGGCGUCACCUACAAGAGCAUCGACCGCAAAGGCAGCGAGAGCAACAGCUGCAUCACGGGGAACAACUUCUCCUGGUGCAUCCAGUGGAACGGCCGGACCUUCUCGGCGUGGCACAGCGACGUGGAGACGCCGCUCAACGUGGAGAAGUUCACGCGGAUCGGCAUUUACGUGGACUACACCCGAGGCCUGCUGGCGUUCUACGGCGUGGACGAGACCAUGACGCUCAUCCACGAGUACCAGGCCGAGUUCCUGGAGCCGCUGUACCCGGCCUUCUGGCUCUCCAAGAAGGAGAACAUCGUGGCUCUGGUGGCGCCUGGAGAACCUCUACCGCUGAAGAGCCCGUCUCCUCCCACCUCACCUGCAAACGGAGCUCCAGUUUAAUAAAAACUCCCCUUCAGCUGGAUCUUUUAGGGGACAUGAAACGACUGUACUGUCUCCCAGUAAUGGACUUGUUCCCUGCAAAAUAAUGAGCAACUCUUGCCGUGUUGGACGUGUUUACAGCAGAUCAUCUGUUUAUCUGUGUACAUUUGGGCUCAGGUCAUAUUUAUACUCUGCUGUGUAGCUUUGGGACUACUGUUACCACAAUGUUCUGCCAUAUUUUCCCAAUAAAAGUGUCUAUCUCUA